CAAGAUCAAAAACAAAUACAAAAUUUAAAUUCAAUUAUACAACGUUUAAAAUUAUUAUCAAAUCCAUUGAUUUAUAAUCGAUUAAAACAACAGCAGUAUAUACAAAAUAGUCAUCAAUAUUAUCGAUUAUUACCACCGCUAUCAUCAAAAAUAAUCAACAAACAGAAGCAAUAUGAAUCUAAAAAUCAAACAACAACAACGAUGAAAAAAUCAGAAUCACUACAUCAAUUAUUAUUACAACAAAUGAUUAGACAAAAAAUGUUGACAGUAAAACAACGUAAACAUCGCCAUACAUAUUAUCAUGAUGAUCAUCAACAUCGGAAUAAUAAUCAUCAUCGAAUAAAAUCAUCAUCAUCAUCAUCAUCAUCAUCAUCAAUUAAUCAACGACAAAGAAGUGCACGUUUGAUUGAUUAUCAAUCGAUAUCGACAAAUAAUAGCAUGGUAUCAUCAGCGCCAAAAAUUAUCUACGAAUUAGAAUGGAUGAAAUCCGAUAAUGAUUUACCAGAAUGUGAAAUAAAUCAAGUUUGUAAUAAAAUUGAUACAUAUUCAACACCAUGGAUACAGAAAUCAUGUCGUUGUCAUUCACAACAACAACAACAACAACAACAACCAUGUUCAUUAUCAUUGAAUCCAAAUGAUGGUCAUACAAUUAGUGAAAAAAAUAAACAAUAUAAGCUUUGUGAACCAAUUGUAAAGAAAAAAUUACCAACAUGUCGUUAUUUUCGUGAUAUAACAUGGACAAUAACAACAAUUUCAAUGGCCAGAUCAUCAUUAUCAUCAUCAUUGGCUCCAGAACAACAAAAAUCAGCACCAACAACAACAACAACGACGACAACCACAACACAUCAAAAUGAAAAUAUAACAAAACAGGAAAUAAAAUGCAUUUGUCCACCAAAUAGUGAAGCUUAUAUAUUAAAACAUCAUGUAUAUAAAACAGCGGAAGGACAAUUAGGUUAUCGUUAUUAUUUUGCAUGUUCACCUGAAACGAAAUUACGUUGUAAACGUAAAGAACCAUGUCGUUUAUUCACCGUACGUAAAGGAAUCUAUUCAAAAUCAAUAGAAUCUGUUACAACAAAUACAUUAUGUCAAUGUGAAAAUGGUUAUGAAUGUCCAAAUAAUCAUCGACAAUCAUUAUCAUCAUCAUCAUCAUCGAUUAUAAUGAUGGGUCAAACAUAUCCAAUGGAUAAUAUACGUACAUAUAGUGGUUAUUGUUAUCCAACAACAACAACAACAACAAAACAAAUCAAUCAAUCAUCACCAUUAAUGAUAACGAUAAUGAUUCAUUCAAUGAGUACGUAUCAUAUGAUUGAUGAUUAAUUAACACUUUACUAACCGGAUUAUUG